CGGAAGACGAAGCGCAGGACACGACACGUGAUCAUCUCCGCGCGGACAAACAAGAACAGGAACAGGUCCACAGACACAGCAGAUCGACCACAGGCAGGUGUCUGUGCUAACUUAGCAAGCUAAAAGCUACCCCCUUUCCAGAGAACAUGCCAUGCCCAGCAGUAGUCACCGUGGAGGCUUUGUCCCAUCCAGAGAAGCGAGUGGACUCGCCACGAGCGUUUUGUAACUCUCCAUCGUCCAUCUCGGACGUCGAUUUCAGCCGUAGCUCGACGGACAAGGCGAUGCCAGACAGCGACAAGAUCGACAACACCAACACAGAAUCAGGUGAUGAGCUUGAGGCUCAGGACGGUAUGCGUGCCCUGCGCCCGGCAUCAGGUUCCGUUGAUAUUAAUGAGGCUCUUGCGCAUCCUGUGAGCAGCUCCCAGUCGCUCAAGCGCAAAGCUGACCAAGAGACUGAGGAGGAACAGCAUCAAGUGACCAAGAAGGCCAAGACGGAGGAGAAGCAGCUCACGCCCGCUGAAGCGGACAGUGAUUAUCUACCUACUGACAUUGAGGAGGAUGAGGAGGGCUUAUACGAGCACCCCCAGUCCUCCGUAUCUCGUGAUGGCUAUGCUGAUAUUGGCUGUGCUCCUGGAUAUGAUUCCGCUGCUGAUGUUGAAUGUAGCAGCGAGUCACCGCGACGCAGCCGCCGCACACUCUACAUUGAGUACUGGAGCAGGACGGACGAGUGCAAGGAGCGCAAGUGGGACCACCUUGACGAGAUCGCCGAGAAUUUUGGGUCUGCUGAGGAACACAUUUUUGCUACGACUCUGAAGGGUAGAACUGCGUUCCUGGAACCCAAUAUGUUUCCCUAUGACACUCCUGCAGGCAUCGAGCACUGGACGCUGUGGCAUGUCAAGGACCUGAAUCAUGAACAGGUGAAGCAGUACGUGGAGAACUGGAUUGAUGCCAACGCACCGCAUGUGGAGAGGUGGAACUAUGAUGACAACCCGGAGAGGUCCAUCGAUAUCUUUCACGUACACGUGUAUUUCCAGGUGGCGGAGGGUCUCACAGUGUUACAAGAUCGCAAGGUGGAGGAUCUAGUGCAUGAACUGGACUGACUGGUUCCGCUCACAUGUGCUACAGGGUUUAGGUCGCUCGCGUCCGCGCGCUCCUUCACCCACUCUUGUACUCAAGUCCAUCAUAAGUUAUCCAGGUAAUGUGGUGUUCCCUCGCCGGCCCAAGACCAUUAUUUAUGCUCGGUAAUCAUAGUCGAUGCUAUCGAGCUUGAGCGGGCCAACGGGCGAGUGGAUCACCACCAUGACCUACUGGUAGCGUUCAGUUUGCGUUGCACUCUUAAACGAUAAACUCCGCAAUACACGUCGAUACUAAACAAACUUGUUUCUUUUGUGA